AUGGGCUACAACCGUCUCUCAGGAGUGACUUACAGUGACCCAAGCCGCGUGUAUGACACUUUUAUUCUCUUCACCGGUGCAGACUCGGUGACGCGGCUCAUCGACCUCAACGGGACGACCGUUCAUCAAUGGCCAUCUCCCGGUGUGCCUGCAAGAGUACUAAACCCGGCCUUCACGCGCGGGCAAAAGGGGACCGUCGGGCUGCAGCUGUCAGAAAGUGGCGACCCGCGCGGUGGCAUCUAUGCGAAUGGCACAAUCGGCCAACUGGAUUGGGCUGGCGAGCGUCUGUGGGAAUGGGGUCAGGAGGCUGUUGACGGUGCAGCGCGCCAGAAUCACGACUGGCAGUUGCUGCCAAACGGCCACUGGCUGAUUCUGGUGGUUGAGCCUAGGGUGAUCGAUGCCCUGGGGCCGGACACCACUGCAGACCAGGGCCUGGUGGAAGUAGAUCCUGACGGACGCGUGGUGUGGACAUGGAGGUCGGGCGACCAUAUACAUGAGCUCGGAUUGUCAGACCGCGGACUCGACUUAUUGCGCGAAACAGUCGCUCGCGAUCCCGACAAUCCAUGGGGCUGUCUAGAGAUGAACAGUGCGUCGACGCUGGGGCCGAACCAAUGGUACGAGAAAGACGCGGACGCAAACGCUGCAUUCCAUCCCGAUAACAUCAUCGUGAGCUUCCGCAAGGCAAACAUUGUCGCUAUCAUCGAAAAGUCGACCGGCCGCAUUGUGUGGCGGUUGGGACCCUACUACCACGAGAAAUCGGGAGACCAGCACCAACGCAUCCUAAGACACAACCUGCCACGGCCAGUAGACCAGACAUCUGGCCAGCAUAACCCCCAUAUCAUCCCCAAGGGGUUUCCUGGGGCAGGCAAUGUUCUGGUCUUCGACAACCAGGGCGGCGCUGGCUACCCGACUGCGGCACUGGGCAUUUACGCUGGUUCACGCAUUCUCGAAAUUGAGCCAACCACCAAGCAGAUCGUGUGGCAAUACACUGCUGAGGAUUCGGGUCUGCCACCGUGGACGUUUUUUAGUUCGUUUGUGAGCAACGCACAGCGUCUGCAAAACGGCAACACGCUGAUAACCGAGGGUAUGAAUGGCCGUAUCUUCCAAGUUACGGACAAGGGCCAGAUAGUGUGGGAGUAUUACAGUCCGUAUACUGGAUACGGCGUGGCUGGCGAGCCCGAAGUGGCAAAGCCGCGUGUUGAUGGCGUGGAUAGGCUGAGUGUGACGCCGUUGGUGUAUCGGUCGCAGGCUGUUCCUGAUGACUGGGUCCCUGAUGACGUGACGAGAGCGGCAGCAGUGGCCGUAAAGAAGUCUUGA